GAGCGCAGCGGGCGGGCGGGCAGGGGGCGGCCCUCCGAGCCUCCGCUCCACCUCCAGGCUCCACUCCCCUGGCUGCGAACCGAGCCCUGUGCCCCAUGGCCGGCCCAGCUACCAUGGCCCAUUACAAGGCUGAGCAGGAUGACUGGCUGGUCGUCUACCUGAAGUAUUUGCUCUUUGUCUUCAACUUCUUCUUCUGGGUGGGCGGGGCCGCCGUCCUGGCCGUGGGGGUGUGGACGCUGGUGGAGAAGAGCGGCUACCUCAGCGUCCUGGCCUCCAGCACCUUCGCCGCCUCCGCCUACAUCCUCAUCUUCGCGGGCGCCCUUGUCAUGGUGACCGGCUUCCUGGGCUUCGGCGCCAUCAUCCGGGAGGACAGGAGCUGCCUCUCCACGUAUUUCUGCCUGUUGCUGGUGAUCUUCCUCGUGGAGCUGGUGGCGGGGGUCCUGGCCCACGUGUACUACCAGAGGCUGAGCAAUGAACUGAAGCAGCACGUGACCCGGACGCUGUCGGAGAACUACGGGCAGCCUGGAGCCACGGAGAUCACCACCUCGGUCGACCGUCUGCAGCAGGACUUCAAGUGCUGCGGAAGCAACAGCUCUGCCGACUGGCAGCACAGCGCCUACAUCCUGUCCCGGGAGGCCGAGGGCCGCCGGGUGCCCGACAGCUGCUGCAAGACGGUGGUGGCGCGCUGCGGCCAGAGGGCCCACCCCUCCAACAUCUACAAGGUGGAGGGAGGCUGCAUCACCAAACUGGAACAGUUCCUGGCCAACCACCUGCUGCUCAUGGGAGCGGUGGGCAUCGGGGUGGCCUGCCUGCAGACCUGCGGAAUGGUUCUCACCUGCUGCUUGCACCGGAGGCUCCAGCUGCAUGUUCACUAACGGCCCAUCGUGUCCCCCUCCAACCGCCCCCCACAAGGACAGGGGUCCAAAUCCCAUCUGCCAGACCUGCGGAGCCAGCAUAGCUCAUCUAGAAACUCCCAGAAAGUCCCCACCCCCGGUGUCCACCCCUUCAGACCCACCAAGCGCCCAAGACCACGGUUCCUGCGGUUCCCACCUGACCGGGACCCUCCACUUCUGAGUGCUCACUGCCAGCCCAGGCGGGGACGGGCCCUGCCAGGGACAGACAGAAGG